AGGUCUCGGGCCCUCAGGCGGAGCGGCGGGCGCCGGACCCCCAGGCGGAGCGACAGGUCUCGGGCCCUCAGGCGGAGCGGCGGGCGCCGGACCCCCCAGGCGGAGCGACAGGUCUCGGGCCCUCAGGCGGAGCGGCGGGCGCCGGACCCCCAGGCGGAGCGACAGGUCUCGGGCCCUCAGGCGGAGCGGCGGGCGCCGGACCCCCAGGAGGAGCGACAGGUCUCGGGCCCUCAAGCGGAGCGCGGGCGCCGGACCCCCAGGCGGAGCGACAGGUCUCGGACCCUCAGGCGGGAGCGGAACGACAGGUCUCAGGCCCCCAGGCGGGGCGGCGGGCACCGAGUCACCAGGCACAACCGUGGGCUCCGAGUCAACUGGGAUGACCGCUGGCACUGGGUCAGACAUUGGAUCGUCUGGCUGGACAGCGGGCAUCGGGUCACCAGGCAUCAGGUCAUUUGGCUCGACAGCGGGCACCGCGUCAUCUGGCAAGGCAGUGGGCUCCGAGUCAACAGGCACGACAGUGAGCACCGGGUCAUUUGGCUCGACAGCGGGCACCGGAUCAGGUACCGGAUCAUCUGGAUCAACAGCGGGCAUCGAGUCAACUGGCCUAAUAGGAUCGUCAGGCUGGAUCAGUUCAUCAUGCUGGGUAGAGGCAUCAGGCUGAAUGCCGGCGUCCGGCCCGAGUAGAGGCUUCAGGCCGAGUAGAGGCUUCAGGCCGAGUAGAGGCAUCAGGCCGAGUAGAGGCUUCAGGCCGAGUAGAGGCUUCAGGCCGAGUAGAGGCUUCAGGCCGAGUAGAGGCAUCAGGCCGAGUAGUAGAGGCAUC